UCUAAUAUCUGCUCCUUUAUAACCUCAUACAGAUCCGGCGACUGAAGAGAAUGCAGGAUUUAACAGAGAUGGUUUUCCAUUCAAGUGCUGUUUUCUUCGCCAGUUUAUGCUCGAGUAAUCGCAGUCUCCCUUCACAGGACUGACAACAUUUCAGUACUUUUUUACAAUCUUAUCAACACUGCUAUCUCUAUUGUCUAGAGUCUGGGGUCACGAGGCAUCACCUCCAGAUCUCAAACCCGAAGGCAUCAUCCGUCAAACGCAGAAAUUGUUCAGCAUCACAAUUUGUGAUUUUGCUCAUUGCUUAGUGACAGAUUUUUACCCAAUUUGUAAUCGGAGGGCUCCAAAGUAAAUGAAGAAAUAUUUAAUUCGGAGGGAAGCUUCAUGACGGAAAGGCACGCGGAUAGAGUUGCCGAAGGAGCUGACAAGUGCAUUACACGGACAUUGUAAAAUUAAUAACUAAGGAGAAAUUGUAUAAACAAAAACAAAAAAAACAAAAAUGAUGCUGAGUCCAGAACAAACUGAUUCAGAUCUACCGUGGAGCCAGUCCGACGCUGAGACCAUGUUGAACGAUAUGAAGGUUGGUUGCAUCAGUAAUGAGUCCACAGACGGAGAGGGCAAGAUGAAGUCUCAGGCGCCACUAACCCUCAGCAGGGAAGAGAAGAGGAGGCGCAGACGCGCUACGGCCAAAUACCGAUCCGCGCACGCCACCCGCGAGAGAAUAAGGGUCGAAGCGUUCAACGUUGCCUUUGCCGAACUGAGGAAGCUGCUGCCAACUCUCCCCCCCGACAAAAAAUUGUCAAAAAUCGAAAUCCUGAGACUAGCUAUUUGCUAUAUCUCGUAUUUAAAUCAUGUGUUGGAUGUUUAGCAGAGGGCCCAUCUUUAUGAUGAUAAACCCAUUCCUUGGACAAACGAGGACCAUUAAAUGGACAAAAUCAACAACAACAACAAUAAAAACACAUAUCCUAUCCUAAUUUCGGCUAUGUGGUUGGCUCUCUGAGAUACCCCCAUGCAUGUAGUUGGAAAAGACUGAAAGCACAUAAGAUGGCUAUCACCCAAGUGUUCAUUUGACACCAACAGGUGUUAAUUAAUUUGAUGAGAAAUUAUAGUUUAUAGCAAAAUACUUCCCCUUUAAACAAAAAUGGUAAUUGCUCAAAGAGCUGUGAACCAUUGAAAAGACUGUGUUCCCUGCUUUAGGCUACUCAUGAUGCAAUAAGGACUAUUUGAAUACUGUAAUGAUCAGAGUCAGAGAUCACCCGUUGCAUCCGUCUGGAGAUUCAGAGACUUGUUGAGAUGAUCAGCAUUCCCUCCAUUUCCUCCUCUAGUAGUUUUCCAAUUAGGGGAAAAUUACAGUAUCGUGACCUUAACCACAUGUAUUUAACUAUUUAUUCAUUUAUUAUUUAUUUAUUACAUAAUUGUUGUUCUAUGUUUUGAAAUGUUUCACCUCAUGUUUUAUUUAUUUGUUGAAAGAUUGUUGUUUAGAUUAAUGUGCGUUUCUUGAAUGUUGCUAAAAGAAAAGUUACCAUGUGUGUUAGAGUUUGUCCUUCAUCAAUGAUGAGGGGGAAAUUAAGCAUCAUCUUGCACCUUUUUGUGUUUCUUUAUUUUUGAUAUAUAUAUAUAGUAUAUUGGGAUUAAAUUAUUUGAAAUAAUCUGCUGUUUUCCCCCAUGUUUUAAUGCAUUAGAACAACAAAUUCAUUACAACAAAAUCAUUUUGGAAUGUUAUAUUUAUUUAAUAAUCUGCUGUAAUUUCAUGUGGUUUGGAUGAUUUCUGAGACUGACAUGAAAUGUUUUGCGUCUUGUGUUUCUCAGUGUUCACGUGCCGCUGUCUGGGAUGUUUAUAUUCAGAACCCCAUUGAAACAGAUGAUACAAUAAGUUAUUUCAUAGUUAAGAAAAUAUCUGCUAUCCAAAGAAUUAUGCUUUUCAGGGUCGAGUCCUUUUUACUUUAUGCACCUUUUGAAUAAUUUGUAGUAAAGUCGAUGUGACAGCUGGUUUUUAUCAAAGCUACCCUAUUUUACU